AUGAUGAUUGCAAAAUUUUAUUUAGAUGAUACUGAUAAACAACAAGAAGAUGAUGGGAAAAGUCGUAUAACUGUAUCAAAACAAUUUAAAGAUAAAGUUGUUAAACCAAUAUUAAAAAGACAUUUUCGUCGUGAUGAAUUUCUUGGACGAAUUAAUGAAAUGGUUUAUUUUUUACCAUUUUCAAAAAGUGAAAUAAAUAAAUUACUUCUAAAAGAACUAGAAUUUUGGAAAAAACGAGCUAAAGAACAACAUAAUAUUGAUAUUAUUUGGGAUCGUAAAGCUCUUGAUUGUUUAGCUGAUGGGUAUGAUAUUAAUUAUGGAGCUCGAUCACUUAAACAUGAGAUUGAACGAUCUGUUGUUAAUCAAUUAGCUGCUGCACAUGAACAAGGUUUAAUUGAAAGUGGUAAUCAAAUAUUAUUAACAGCUCAAGAAAAUCUUUUUCAUACACCAUUUUCAAAUGGAUCAAAAUCAGAAUCAAUUAGCCGAUCAGUUAAAUUACAAAAAGUUGAAACAACAGGUGGACGAAGUUUAAUAAGUGGUCUUUUUAAUAGUACAAAUAAUAAUAAUAAUCAAACAACAAAUGUAACUUAUACCGAUAUUAAACCUGAAGAUCAUCUUAAAACAUAUCAAUUUUAA